UGCUUCUGCAGCGGUUUCGGUUUCACAUCAGAUAUUGUGCAUUAUGUGCUGUAGUAAACUGUCGCUCUAUUCUCAGAAAUCAAAAUCCACCCCUUUCUGGAAUGCUGGACUUGAUAUCAAUUCUGAAACCAAUCGCGGAACGCUUUACUCAACUCGCAUGUGAAACAGACGCGUUCUACAAGAAGAUGACGUCGAGUGGAACCAGUCUCAGUACAACAGAGGAGAGAGAUGUCACAACGCAGAAGGCCUGCUGUCUGAUCAGCUUGCUGGUGGAAAAGGGGUGUGAUGCAUGUGGAAAAUUCAUCUGCAGACUCGCAGAGAGGGACCCCAAUCUCUACAGGACUCUUGGGCUGCAUUGUGACAGUAGGAUUCUGUUCCGUAUGAUUCCGAAGUACAUUAAGAGUGCUGCAGUACUCGAGGGGCUGCUGAAGGACAUGCAGGAGAUGAAGCAGCUGAGUGAUGGAGAGGUGGAGAAAGUGAAGAAACAGGCCAGCACACAGCGCAUGACCUCCCACCUGACAAGCAUGGUGAUGAAGAAGGGGGAUCCCAUCAGAGAGAACUUCCUCUCCAAACUCGCAGAGAGGGACACCGAAUUCUACAGAAAAUGUAGUCAUGAUUUGGACCCAGUUUGGAGGCUAAGGGAGGUGCAAUCCCAGUUUGCCAACAGAGUGAGUGAUGCCGUGAUCGAGGGGCUACUGAAGGACAUGCUGAAGAUGAAGGUGCUGAGCGAUGAGGAUGUGGAGGAAGUGAGGGAUGCUCCCCAGAAUACCAGGCUCCAGUCUUGGUUGGUGGAGCAGAUCAACAGUGGGCGGUACCCUGGUCUGAGCUGGACUAAUGAGGCACUAAAACAGUUUCGAAUCCCAUGGAAACAUCACCACCGGAAGGACUCGACACCUGAGGACAGAAUGAUAUUCAAGGACUGGGCAGUGGCGACAGGUCGUUACUGGGAGGGUAUUGACAAGCCCGAUCCUGCUGCCUGGAGGAGGAAUUUCCGGUGCGCUCUGGCUAAAGACAAGAUCCUGGUGUUGCGUGCUGAUCACAGUCAAGAUGCAGUCGAUCCACACAAGAUAUAUCAGAUCGAUAGCAACGCAGAUUCCAGAUUGGAAGAAAGAGGCAGGCUGCCAUCUCUCCUAAACGAACAUUUUAGCAACCGCUUGUCCUUUAAGAUCACAGAAUUCAUCACAUUUCGACCUACAAUACACCAUGAGGGAUACCGUAAAUACUACAGGUUUUCGUUCAAGAAAGAAGGAGAAUACCAGUGUGAGAUCACAGCUCUGAUUUUUGACGUGGCGUCUCCAGCUGAAGUUGUGUAUGGGACUGAGCAAUGGGAGAAGUGUCCCCUAGACCAGAGCUCCCUGCUUCCUGCCGGCCCGCUGUAUGAUAUAAACAGUCCAAGCGGAGCACUGAAGCAGCUUUCCUUCCCACAUUCGGAGUGCUCCCCUGAAGAUCAAAAUCACUUGAUGGUGGCACACUACAAGAAUGAAAAUGUUGAGAUGAUUAAACCAAGCGAAGUGACAGAAACUCACAUCAAGAUAAAAGUGACAGAAAUGUCUCUCUUUGGUCUCGUGAGAAGACUCCUGAACUAUAAAACUCAAAGUAAAGCUCAGGUGCUUCUGUUUCUCAGGCAGCUGACUGAGAUAAAGAAGCUGAAUGUUUUCUUGCUCUCCUCAAAUGUUGUUUUAGAUGAUGUGCAAGAGAAACAAAAAGGCAGUAUUUUCAUUGAGACAAGUUCAGUUCAGUACAACCAGACACGUAUGAUUUUGUAAGAGACUACGGUCCCAACUUCCCCCCAACAUUUGAAAUCUUUUUGAACAAUGACGUAAAAGGUCUGACUCUUGAAGUUUUCAAAAGCACCAGAAGGGAUGCUUCGGUCUGGUCUCGCAGAGUAUUGCUUGAUGUGUUUCCAGCAGGGACGGCCAGGUGUACCAGUGACUAUGUGCAAUCUGAAACGGCUGUUGUAAAACCGAGACCUACCCCAUUACAAGCAGGUGAGAGGUUGAAGGCUCUGCGUUGCUGUAUUUUGAGUGCUGGAUUAAUGAUUGCUUGUUGUGUCUCAGGUGAGAGGUUGAAGGCUCUGCGUUGCUGUAUUUUGAGUGCUGGAUUAAUGAUUGCUUGUUGUGUCUCAGGUGAGAGGUUGAAGGCUCUGCGUUGCUGUAUUUUGAGUGCUGGAUUAAUGAUGGCUUGUUGUGUCUCAGGUGAGAGGUUGAAGGCGGUGCGGACAAGGCUCAUCGAGGGGCUGAACGCCUCAGUAAUCCGGGACCUGCUAGAUGACAUGCUGCACAUGAAUGUGUUGAACGAUGGCGAGGUGGAGAGUGUGAAGGAGGGGCAGACCUGCACCAAGGACAAGGCCAGCUGCCUGAUCGACAUGAAAACCACUGGUGCUAUGAUGUGGCGGAGUGCAGCUUGUGUCCUCCAGUCCCUGGGUUUCUGUGGUUGAAGACAUCAAACAGUCGACCCACAGUCUAAAAGAAAAACAGAAAACAAACGUUAUAUAGUACAAGUCACAAUUACCACACGCACAACACAACGACCCCAUUCACCUUCCUCAAUGAAAUGUACAGUUGGCAUACACCCAGAGAAUUUAGAUUUCAGAUAUAAUUUAUUGAAAAAGCUUGUCACAAAUGCAACAUUUAAAAUCAAUUUGACAAUAAAAUCUGGAAAUACAUCUUUGAGGUUAGCAAUUAAAUCUGCAAAAAUAAAUCUGGGUUUUGUCCAAAUAAAUUAUUUAUCUAUGACCAAGAUACUCGACACCGCCUUUACUUCGUUCUGUCACACUGCGCACAAAGGGUUAUGGGAUAAGGUGAGAGGUCGGGAGAAAUGUGCUCAAAGCACAUUGCGCAAUUUGAUUAUAUCGCUUUACUCAAAGACCAAA